AUGGAGAUCGCAAGUCUGUCAGAGGCUCUCCUGAAAACCCUAACAUCUAAGGGAUGGUGCUUCGAGCACCCUGACGAGAUGUUGGAACUGAUCAAGAGCAUUGUCGUCGAGGAAGGCAAUCAGAGUAUGGAUAGGCUGCUGGGAGCAGUGGAAUCGGAGCUACUGAACAUGGAUUUGAGGUCGUUUGGCAGCAAAUCACUCCCAGAUCCAGUGGGCAUGAAGAAACUAUCUCAACUCCAGGGUCCCUUGAUCUUGCAGGCAAGAAAGUUUGAAAGAUAGGGGGCCUCUUAUCUUUUAUUUCGGAUGGAAAGGACUGUAGUAGCUUCAUUUUAUAAUUUAUUUUCUCUUUUCAUAAUUUCAUAAGAAUCUAAAGUGCAAACAGUGUACUAAUCGAGUUUGAGCUCUUUUCAAUGAAUGAUGAUGUGAUUAGACUUCAAAACUUGCUCUUGCAUUAGACUAUCCUUUUCUUUGAAAUUAAACUGCGGAUUGCUUGUAUUGACAUAAGGGGUUCUAGGAAAUAUGUUGGGUUAUUGUUGAUACUAUCUCUUGUAUUUACUAUGCUCAUUAUGAGCUCGUACCUCUGUCCUUUUAUUUAAUUAUCAACAAGACUCUGUUGAUUUGUUUGUGACAGCUAAGGUGCAAUGCCCUCGAGCUAGGUGGAGUUUUUACACCUUCACAAUUGUUAGAAUGUUCAGUUACUCUAUUAUUAUAUAUUAACAGCUGUCGGAUUACACGUAUUCCCACAGAUGUCGGCAAAGAUCGAUCAUAUUUUUCUUGAGGAGAAGGGUGCUUUAUGUUGGAUUUAUCUGGUGCCAAUUCUCUAUAGACAUAUUGCUUCUGUCAUAUUCACGAUGUCAUUGAUUUCUGAUAAUUUGGUAUUGGUGCUCGCUCAUGGAUCUAUAAUGCAACUAGUUUACCCAUUUAAGUGUUAGAUCAUUAGUAGAAGUGAUGAAUGAGUAGAUAUAUUCUAGAUCGGCCAUCAAGUCUACUCUAUAGUUGGACAGCCAGGGGAAUAUCUGUUUCAGUUCAUUUAUGCUUAAUGAUUUUAUGUUCAUUAUGCAGGUGGUCCAUGCGAGGGAUAUUUAUCAAAGCAGCAUUGAUGCUGCGUUUAAAGAUUCUCAAUAUCACCACCGUCUACUUCGCCUAAAUCUCACUGAUGGGCAUACAGAAGUGCUAGCCAUAGAAUAUACUCCAAUUCCAUCAAUAAACGAAGUCAUCGUUCCUGGCACUAAGGUACCACGCAUGAUUCUCCGCGUCAGCUAUUUUCAAUUUCAAACACGCGCAAGGGCGGAUUUUGGAUGUCCAUGUUUGAGUGUGCAGUGAAAUGCGGUAGCUUUUCCAUCAGUCUACGAGGUUAAGCUUCUUGAUGAACAGUAAAUAUCGUUAAAUCACAAGUGGGCACGGAAAUUCAGGAAUAUCUGGCUCACGUUUUUAAACAUACACAACUGCAGUUAGAUACCUGUACCAGUCCACUUUACUUGGUAGUCAUUGUCGGAUAAACUUCACGGUAGCCUGGUUCUAAACCCGCUUCCCUGCUGACGUAGGUUUACUCCGCUGAUUAUAUAAUCAUCAUGAGGACGUAUUAUUUCAUCAAGAAAUGGUCAGGUAGAAUUUUCAGCAUGUAAUAGGUCUAAGAUUGCUAUCGGAAAUUGUUUCUCAAACAUGAAAGAAGCAAACAAAAAGACUGUUUGUAUACCAACGAAAAGGGUAAUCUUAGGUAAUAUCCUUUUUUCCAGUCUAGUUUUUUCGUUUUUCUAUUAUUCCUAUUUCCUAUAGGUGCGUGGAGAGGGGAGGUUUGUAAAGAGAGGAAAGGACUGAUGAGCACAAAUCCAAGACCAUUUUUCUUUCUAAGAUAGGAAAAGAGGAAAGUUCAAAUGAGAAAUGAGUGUGAUUGAUUGCUAUUUCAGAAAAAGGAAAAACUGUGAUGACAGUUAGGUACUUCCUGUUUCUUUCGUUCUGUGUAAGUAGAGGUCUGGUGGAAGUAAAAAAGGAUUCUCCCUUUCAGCGAUCUGUGUAAAAGGGGCAUUGGACUGGGAAUUCUAAUGGCAACUGGUGUUUGGAAAGUAUAAUGCCUCUAAUGAUGAAAAACUCAGAUUUUAAGUGGCCAGUGGAUGUCCUCUGAAUGAAAAGGUUGACAUGUUGGGGAAGAAUUUGGUAUAAAUUCUCAUCACAAGUUGCAUAGCUCUCUCUUGUGUAAUCAAUUAUCUUGAAUGCUGCAGAAAUUUUGUGGGUUGUUGUGACAAGACAUCCAUCACAAAACUCUUUAGAUUGGCAAUGUUAAUUGUCAUAUGUGGUUAUUGCGUUAUAAAAUGGUAUCCUAAUCCUAUCUUUGUUGGCAACUUAGAAAUACUAUUUAGAAACUUUGUUAUUUUAUAGGGAAUAUGCUGAUGCAUAAUUAGAAACUUUGUUAACUGUGUCUCGUUGCAUUCAUGGUUUGUUUGCUCAUGAGAUGACUUCUGUGUUAUUUUAUCAUUUAGCUUAUUUAAACUUACAAGUCUUUUUAAAAAAAGUAUGUGCACGGUCUAUUUUUGGGAUUUAUGUUCAUUUUUGGCGUAUGAUAGACCUAACAUGAUCUAGAAAAUAUUGACAGGUCCUGUUGGAGAACAAGAUAGUUGUACGUAAUGGCAUUCUGUGUUUAAACUCCAAGGUUGUGAGAAUAAUUGGAGGUGUUGUUCAAUCGCUUUUUGACGAAUGGAAGAUGAGUCAGAAAUACUCAGGGUUUUCUCGGUCAGCUCAAAACAGCGACGGCCCAGGACCUCCCCCAUUUGAAAAGCUACAGCUUGAAGCUUACAGCUUUCAACCACAUGACUUGCGCGGUGUGAUAUAAUUUCUUGUCAACAUCAUUUACAGUUGGCUCUUACUGAAUUGCCUUUCCCAAUUACUUGAGAAGGGUUCUUAUUUAGUUCACACUAAUGAAAUCAAUAACUUUCGUUGUUAUGACUCCUGGAGCACCUUGGGUGGAGUCUGUUAAAACCAGUGUUAAGUUUUCAAUUUGCAGUUUCAGUACAUAUUUUUCAUUAUAUCAGUUCACGGCUCUAGAGGUGAAACAAUCGUUAGAGAUCAGUUUUCAUUGUACUCUAUGCUUUUUGGAUCAAACAAUUUUUAUUUAUUUUAUUUGAUAUUAGAUUGUUUCAAUUUUUCUGGUCUGGCAUAAUCCAUGACUGCAGCAAAUUGAAAAUCGCCUUCCCCUCUCCCUACACAUCCGCAAGAAUAAGGAAACAAGUUUUUACAUGCGUCGGAGCGGAAUUAUUGUCAGUUGCAUCAGAAAGCCAUUACCUGAUCUCGUCUCUUUUAACGACGGCAUUCUACUCAUCCAAGCCAUCCUCUCUGACUGAACAUCCACAUUGGGACGAAAGCAUAUUGUAUCUGGAGUGAUGAUUCCACCUCAGAAGAAAUGCUACAAUUAAUUAAUAGAUGUGCAUCUGUUUUCGCCCUAACUUCUGUGUAAUUCCUUGAUUUUUUUCUGGGACUUUAUUCAUUGAUAUUCUUAUCAGCAGAGUCUCGGAAUUAUCCUCGCAACGAUGAUGCACGGGCGGUGGAGUCAAAGGGCCAAGCUAGUGUCUCGAAGACAGACGGCAGCAAGAAGAUGGAUUCUGCAAUGGGGAACGAGGGCAAAGCUAGAAGCUCAGAUCUCAGGCCGAAAGAAGGUCAGUUGCCAUCCCUUGUUGAGCUUCAAUUGGCAUAAGUUUUUUUGCAUUUUAUUCAAUACAUGAAAUUCCUUGUCAGUGAUUGAAGCGACUCCAGUCCAAAACCAAGCAGCUGCACAGAAGCUCCUUCAGAAAUUUAACCAGACGACAAGCCGUGAGAACAGACACUACAGGGGGGCAAAACAUAGGGGCAAAGAAAGAGAUGAGCCCGCUGUAUUCACUUUAGACGAAUGGGAGAGGAGCAGGGCUGGUAGUCUGAAGCCCAUGGGGACUACCAGUGCAACCCACGACACCAGCCGUGACGAAGAGCUUGCUCGACAGCUGCAGAAUCAACUGGACUUGGAGGAUUAUCAUGUCAGAUGCUUUUUCUCUUAUACCUUCCCCCUAAUAUCGAUUAAAACCACGUUUUACGGAGCGCUUUGACAAUCUAAUCUUCAUAAUCUUCAGGCAGAAGAAGUCCCUGAUGUUGGCGCCGAGCAGAUAAAACUGAGCAUGUUCAAGUAUGGGAGAUCUGAAGAGACCAGUGACAAUAGAAGGGAAUAUGGACGGAGAGGGAGGGGAAGGAGGAGCAGGGGAAGGGGGAGGGGAAGAUUUGAAUAG